GCGGAGUAAAUCCUCAACACGAAGACCCGAAUUAGAGAGCUCACACAUUGUUGAGAGGUAGUUGUAAGGUUUUAAUUUACAAACGAAUAGUAUUCUGGUUCAGUGGAGUUUCGUGUAUAAAACUCAAGGAACUAGGCUUUACCGAGUAAGCUGUUGCCUGGUAUAUGGAAAUAAUUCAUUCCUCGACGGGAAACCCUUGGGAGCAGAUUUUAGGGUGAGAAAGUGAACUUUUGCUCCUUAUUUGGUAUAUGGUACACAUACCAAAGUUGAACUGAAGACCCCUUCAGAGCUUCAACUGUGGAUUUUUAGUAUAACGUGCUGUGCCAAACUUGGUUAUAUUCGACCGUCGACAAGUAGCUGCUAAAAGGAGGAAAACCAAUAUUAUUUCACUAUUCGUUCGACAUUCAUUUCUGAGCCUUUCAUGAUGACGUGAGCUUAGAAACUUUAAUGAUGGGAGAUAGUACUGAAAGUGAGAAGGAAGACAUCUCGAAGGAGGAUGCUCGAGAUAAUGAGAACCUCAAGGAGACAGACCAUGAUGGAGGGAAGGAGAACUCAAACGAAAAGGAAAUAGAGAAGGUGGAUGAUGACGACGAUAUGAAGCGAGAAGGUGAAGAUAUCGGAGGAGGAAAUGUCGGCGAUUCAAACGGGAACGCCGAUAGCAGAGAGAUGGAUGAGGAAACCGAACCUACCGGGGAAGAUGAGAGAGACGAUGAUGUCAGUAAUAUGAAACGGGAAAAUGAUUGCUUGGUUGAUGAGGACAGCAGAGAUAAUUGUGAUCAGCAACACGAAGAAUCAGUGGAAGCACUAAAUAACCAUGAUAACGUAAAUGAGGAUGAUUCGAUAGACAUCGUUAGUGAAGUUAACAAGGAGGCUCAGUUUGUAGGAGAAAAUGGAAAUGAUGAAGAAAACGUCGGCCAAAUGAAAGGAGAUCAAGAUGCAGAAAUUCUGGAUAAUGAUAAUGAUGACGAUGAUGUUGGAGAUAGCAUCAGUGUCAACGGAUCUCCGAGAGAUGCAGGGCGAUAUGAGAAUGAUGAUAGUUAUAAAAACACCGAUCUGACAGCUACUGUAAAGACAGGCGAUAAGGAAGUCGAAUCAAAAGAGGGGAAUCGGAGAUCGAGUAUGAAGUCUGCCAAAAGCACCAAGAAAUCCAAGACUGUGCGCGUCAAAUCCUCGAAAACGGUAUCCAGCAUCGAAGUCGAUAUGACGCGUAUAAUCCGUAACGAAGACGACGACGAUUUCGAUGCUGAUGAGGAUGACGAUGCAGUGACGCGUGUUACGUGUGGUAAGAGUGUGGACUUCUCUAUACCUGUGGAUGAGCUCGAUGAGGAACUCCAGAGGGUGAUUGACCGGCCAGGAUCGGGGAGGACAUCUAUGAUGGAUAAUGAAGAUAUGAUUGGUCUCGGGAGGGCGGCUACCAUGAACACACCCGUCACCAUUGAUGACAGAGAAAGUUUUGUCUACCAACAUAGUAUUCGAACGCAAUCACGUGAUGGCAUGUACCAGCAUGCAGUCGAUCUCAUCCAUAACCGAUGUGGAAGUAUUAGCUACAGUACCCGAUCUCAACCACAUGUUCGACGUCGAGAAACACGACCACCGCCUAGGAGUGCGGCCAGUCUACCAGAGCAUAUUCCUACCACUUUGCUUGGAGGGGUUCCGAUGUUCAAUCUUCCUAACGUUGUGAAACACAUCAACAAGACCCCUUUCAACGAUCAACCGAAUUCCUAUUUCUACAUCUCUCAAAGCAAACCUGUACCUUUGAAACCAAUGAAGGUUUGGAAAGGUUACCGUGGUAACGUUUACUUUGAACCAAUGGUGUGUCGGAGAGCUCCUUUUUCCAGUGCUUCAUCGAAUCCUAAACCAAAAGAGAGAGUGGCCUCGUCUCAUCUUCCAGUUAUUCCAAAAUCUGCAGAAAUAACAACAAACGGUGCACCUGCAAAUCCUGCCCAUUUCAACUCACACUCUGCAACGACAUCCCGUUCACAGCCCCCGAACGGUCGUCGUACCGCGGCGAGCGGAGCGAAAAGUGCUACGUCGACACGUAGUAGCGGACGACAGCUUGCGAUCUUGGAUAAGACCACGGUCUUGAGUCGUAUGGAUUAUAAUGCUGCCGAGGAUAUCAAAUGGAUAAGUGGUAUCGAGUCGACAGGAACGUUGCAGAUCGGACCGUCGGGCGAUAAGUUGGCUGGACGAGCUUAUAAAGUUUACAGGAACGGGCCCAAACAUCCCAAGCUUAGGAUUCGGCGCGGACUCGUCAGUCAUAAUUUGGCGGGAAACAAUAAGAACUCUCCCAAGUUUGGUGUGAGCGGAGGUCGCAUUAACGAAGACCUGACAACAAACCGCAAUGCUAACCCAACAAACAUAACGCAAAAGAAAACUUCAGUUCAAGAACACCAUGGCGUCAGUCAGUCCUACCCUACUGAUAACUAUUGUUGCGUGGAUUCAAUGACUCCUUUGCAGCAAAUUAUGAAAAGAAACGAUGGACAUGGUCGAUCUAAAUUGGUGCAUAUUUUACCGUCUGCAUACGGCGACGGUGGUAUUGGAUCUAUUAGACCCAAAGGAAAGUAGUUAAUACAUUUAAUGUUACAUUGUGAGAAUAUUAACCAUGCGAUACAAAAAAAAUAUCUAAAAAGUGCUUUCAGCGUGAAAUACCAGCCUUUGAAACAUAUUAUCCUGGAUGAAAUAUCAAUAUUAUCAGGUUUGCAUUGACUAAAAAACAAAUUUAGGACAACCUCAAUAGACGAUUGUAUUGCAGUCAGAAAUAGUUCGACAUUUCCAACAGGGACGCACAUGGCUACUGAAAUAAGUUGAUUUUUUUCAAGUCUUUGAGAUCGCAAACUUCCAUGUGAAUGGUUAUGAAGCAAGACAAGGUUAAUGCAUGUUUGGAAAAUUAUACAUGGGUCUAUCUUGCAGUAUAGCUAUCAGUUUAGCAUAUUGAUUGUCUUCCAUAUUUUGCCAGCUGUUUAUCAAUUAUGAAUGCUUCCAAAUACAUUAAUCAAAUGCUGGCAUAAUUGUGCAAAUAUCAUAUCGGCGUAUUAUUGUUUGCAAAGAAAUUAUAUAUGCAGAAUUAUAUACAGAAUUUUUAUGAUUGUCUUUUGGAUUAUGUUAUGCAAUUACUUUCAGCUGAAAACGCGCUUUUUGUCAUUUUGAUCAUGUGCAAGCGGGUAGUUACUCGCCAUUUAUGUUCUCAUGUGAGUUUGAGUGAAUACCUUGAGGGGUUUUUCUUUUAUUAUUCCCCUGAAUAAUAGUCUGAACCACGGCCCUGAUUUUGUCUUUGUUUCCUUCAAGCUAGUUGUAUCGAUUGAUGAAAGCAUCCGAACAAUAAAAGCAAUUAAGAUUGCAUGGACGUACUGAUAUGUAAUCAAUACAGUGAGGUCGUUUUUAUAAUUAAAAUAGAUUUAGUCGAUGUGAAGUACCAAUCUGGAUGCAUUGAUGGGAUUUAAUGGCACAAUUAUGAAACCCCUUAUUGCACUGAAAGAUGCUAUCAAGAAGAAAACGAAUGCUACUACUAUGUAAACUGAAGUUACCAGUACUGUUUCUUGAAAACUAAGGUACAUGUAUGUGAAAGUAAUGUUGUUUUUUUCUCAGCCGUCAUAAAAGUUACGAAAUUGUAUUUUUCAGAUGGUGAUUGUCACGGCUUACCUGGAAUGUUCUCUUUAAAAAAAAAAGAGUAAUAUAUUUCUCAGUUGCCAUAAUAAUGUUGUACAUGUACAUCUAUAUUAAUUAUUGGACACCUUGUGCUUGUUUUGUAAGGGUUCUAGUGCAAUAUCAUAUGAAAUAUGUUGUAAAGUUUGUAAUAUUAGAUAUUAUGUAGCCUCGCUUCGCAUAGCAAAAUUGAUAUUUACAGCUGAUUGGUAGAGGGGUCGGAAUCGUGCUCCACAAGGGAACCUGAAACGUAUGCAGCAAAUCUAUCCUGCUAUGUAGUUUCAAAUCCAGUGAUAUAUGGCGUAUGCCCUUUCCGCCCGUUUUAGGCUCCCCCAAAUGAUUUUAACCUUUUGAAAUAAAUAUUUUCCAUGGCAUUGCCAAUGGAUAGCAAGGAGGGAUUAGGGGGAUGGAAGUAAGAUUGAGACUAUUGCAUUACGUGAUUAACUGAAUAUUAAUUGUUAUCUAUUGUAGUAGAAGGAUCGGUCUUAAGCUCUUUACCAAGCUGACCACUACCAAUGCCUUAUAUACACUCCAAAAAGUGAAUCUGCAAUAAGAAGACAUGGCAAUUCCUUGCGCAUGAUGUAAGGACUUUCUUCUUGACAAAAUGAAAGGCAAUUUUGUAUCCAUGGCUGUGUUUUGUGCAUCAUUAUAUCUUGAUUUCAAUAUAGAUUUGAUAAUAAAUUCUAUUCAAAAAGUACAUUUUA